AUGUUCUUUUUAACGUCGUUGCUGCAGCUACGCGUCAUCACCUCUGUGGGUGGGCCAGUACCCAAUCUGAGGUUCACAGUAAAUGAUGACCGUUCGGUGACUGAGGAAUUGUUGUCUGCCAAUUUCUUAAUCCCUCCGGAUGAGAAUAUGUAUAGUGGGAAAUCUAUUGCCGAGCUCUGUUGUGAUUCCUUGAAAGAUUUCAAUCCUAUGGUUCGUGUUUCGGUUCAAAAAGGUGAUUUGUUAAACUUCGAUGUGGAUUUCUUUGACAAGUUUGAUGUUGUAGUUGUCAGUUCUUGCUCACUUUCAACAAAAGUAUGGAGUUGA